AUCAGCUGUGUCCAAUCACAGCUGAUCACAUGGGACAUGUACACUGAUCAUCAGGGCACUGAUGAUCAGUGUGGCCCCAGAAGUGCCACCUGUCAGUGCUAAUCAGUGCCAGUGCCGAUUAGUGCCACGUGCCAGUGCCCAUCAGUGCCACAUAUCAGUGUAUAUCAAUGCCAUAUAUCAGUGCCCAUCUGAGCUGCCUUUCAAUAUCACCCAUCAGUGCCAGUCAGUGCCACCUAUCAAUGCCAAUCAGUGCCACCUAUCAGUGCUGCCAAUCAGUGUCACCUAUCAGUGCCAGUCAGUGUCGCCUAUC